CCGUCAGGUCAGACUCUGCGACCCGUCGUCAGAAGAAGUCGCCGCACAGAGCAGAUCGAUGGCUGCCGUCGUCCAACAGCAACUACAUUAGAAACUGUUUUAAUUUUUACUGCAGAUUUAGUGGAUUGGUGCUAUGUCUUCAGGAAUGACUGGACAAACACCGUGCCUAACCAGCCGAUGGGAUCAGCCAGCCCAACCCAAACAGAGUGUAGACGUAAGGCAGCAGAGGAGUAGUGAAAACGCAGCCCAUCAUGUCUCCUUAUCAGGGGUUGUCAGCACUGCUGCCUCCAACAGUACAGUUUCGCAGCCACUACAAAAAGGAGCAGAGUCCUCAAUACCUGGAACAGAAAGGCCGGCACCUCAGGGAGGAGUUGAAAUGGCCGCAGCCAUGGCUGCCAAAAUAAAUGCCAUGUUAAUGGCAAAAGGAAAACUGUUGACUCCUCCACCGUUAUUGGCAAAGACUCCUCCAAGUGUGCCGGUGCCAACCUCUACAGAAGAGAUGGUUGUCACAGAGGUCGACAUAAAUGAUGUUCCACUAAAUUGCAGGGACCUUCUCACUAAAGGCAAAACACAGGAGGAGAUUCGACAGUUUAGUGGGGCAGUGGUCUCAACAAAAGGUCAUUACAUGACUGACACUGAAAAGGGAAAAGUAGGACAAAGACCUUUGUAUUUGCAUGUCCAGGGAAAGAGCCAAGAGCAGGUCAAUAAAGCUGUAUUGAGAAUAAAGGAGAUCAUCUCUGAGGACGUAUUGAGGGCCUCAGCAGCAUCAGGGGGACAACAGAUGCCAGUAAUGCCUCCGCUCACAAUCUACCCUCAGCCUCCUCGGCCUGUUAUUCCCACACCCGUGCCACGGAUGCCCAACGCUAACCCAGUGCCAGGACAGGGACAUCGGCCUGCAGCUCCUCAUUCAGGAAGUUUUGUGCACACAAAGAUUUUUGUCGGUCUGGACCAGGCAUUGCCCUCGUUCAACGUGAAUGAAAAGGUUGAGGGUCCCGGAGGUUCGUACCUGAGUCACAUCCAGACAGAGACGGGGGCUCGAGUCUUCCUCAGGGGAAAAGGUUCUGGCUACAUUGAACAAGCAUCAAAACGAGAGUCUUUUGAGCCUCUUUAUGUCUAUAUCAGCCACCCAAAUGCAGCUGGAUUGGAGGCAGCAAAGAAACUCACAGAGAGUCUGCUGGAAACUGUGAGAGCAGAACAUGCCCGCAUGGUGUCGAUGUACACAGCCACCGGCUCAACACAACCAUACGCAGCACAUGGAUUUCCACCUAAUAGCAAUUACUCUAGCCAGGGGUCCUGGUAUAACUACCCAGCAAAUGGGUAUGCUGGCGGCUAUUCAGCGUACCCAGGAGCCGGUGGUUAUUGGAGUAAUGCAAAUGGUCCCCCAAGUCAUUCUAACAUGUCGACAAACCCUCCAUCUUCUCAGGCAAUGGUUCAGUAUCCGGUGUGUCCAAGGAAACCGCAUCCCUAUCUCGUCCAGGAUCCUGGCUGCAGAGAUACAGUGGAGGCUGAAGGAUCUUUAAACACCCCCCCUGACUCAGGAAGUCCCAAACAUCAUUUCCAGGAGGGGGCUAAAGAAGAACAGCCUUCUAGCAGCUCUCCGGAGGGUCCUGCUCAUCAGGAGGAGUCUGCACUUCCUGCCUCCAGUGCUGGAGAGGAGAAAGUAGUAGAAAGGAUUCUGAUGCCUCCGCCGCCACCUCCCUUCGUGGCUCCCGCCCCUGUUACACGCAAAAGGCCGAGAGACGCGGUGACAGAAGAUCCAGCCUGUCUGCCCAGCAGCGCCGCGUCAAUUGGUGUUCAAGAGGAGGUGUGUGAGAAGAAGUCUAAAGUGGAUGAAGAUGCAUCAGGGCUAGUGCCCUACGGAGGAGACUCCUCCGAUGAAGAGGAGGAGAGGACACGCAGCAGUAAGACAGAUAACUCAUAACCCCUGCCCUGCCCUGCCCCUUCCCACUGUCCAGGAUACCCACAGACCCAAAGUCGACACUCAGUCGACAUCACAGUUCUCAAACCUCAUAAAAGGAAAAAUCCACCCUCGUGUUAUUAUACACUGUAUCAAGACCAUAUCAGUGUUUCUUCACAUUUCAACACAUUUACUAACCUGAUGCACCAGAUGGUUUGUUACACAGAACCAUCUGAGAAGUUGUCCUUGGAAACUGUUUGGAAAAGGGCAGACUUUUUCCAAAAAUACUUGGCCGGUGAUUGGAUGAACCAUCUGUCUACCACCGUCUUGUCUUGUGAGGCAGCUGGAUUCACACACAGAUCACACAAGAAUCCUCAUAGAACACUGAUUGGUUGUUCAGACACUAGCGCACAAAUUAAAGCCUGACAAAAAAGAUUCUUGCACGGUGUUGUGAUCUCACGAGUCAAGCUGCCUCGCAGGGUAACCCAUUUACUACAAAGAACAUAUACAUUAAUGCUGACAAUCUUCCAAUUUUUAAAUGUUUUGGGUUUUUGUAGGUGGUUGGAUGAACCAUCUGUCUACCGCCGUCUUAUCUUGUAAGGCAGCUGGAUUCGCGAGAUCACGUGAGAAUCCUCGUAGAACACUGAUUGGUGGUUCGGACACCAGCACAAAACUUUAAGCCUGACAAGAAUGUUUCUUGUGUGAUCAUGCAAAUCCAGCUGCCUCGCAAGGUAACCCAUUUACUACGAAGAACAUGCUCAGGGUGCAAAAUUAACUUUUUUUGUCCAGUGAAUGUUCAAAUUUCACCAGCCACUCAAUAGAUCACCAUUGGGUUUUUUUGGCUAGUGAGUGAAGUAAAUCUAUCAGCCACUUACAUAUUUUACCAGCAUGUGGCUGGUGCUAAUUUUGUGCCCUGACAUAUACACUAUUGCUGACAAUCUUUUGAAUUUUUAAAUGUUUUUGGUUUUUGUAGAUUUUUAUUUUUAUUUUUCUUGCUUCCAAACAGACAUUGGUUUUUUUAUUCAUCCCUGUAUGUCACUUCAGAUUUCUGGUAGCAAGUCUUCUAUUGCCAUUCAGGACUUUAGGACACACCAUCAGGUUGUCUUAAUACAGUGUGAACAGACUAAAGAUGCAGAACAACACUGGUAUGGUCUUUGAAAUAUCACCGGUUUCUGAUGUUGAGUGCUUUCCUGGAGUUUUAAGAAAGAAGGGUUGUUGUUGUUUUCUCUUCUAGUGUAAGUAUGUAUGUGUAGGUAAUGCUUUUUUUUUUUUUAAGAUUAUUUUUUGGGCAUUUUGCCUUUUGAGAGUCAGUGUAGUGAGACGGGAAACAAGGGAAGGGAGAGGGAUGUGACAUGCAACAAAGGUCCCCUGGCUGGGAAUCCAACCAUGGACGUUGCGGUUACAUGGUAUGCGCCUUAACCAUUAGGCCACCAUGGCGCCCCGGUACUGCCUUUCCUUAACUCCCCAGACAGUGGGUAUGAACUCAAAGGUGGGCAUAUUUCAAUUUAUGUUCACCUAAUACAAAUGUAAAUAUAGACAGCCUGCCUAGUAUUUCAUGAACAUUGUGCACUGUGUAUUUUCUGUUAGCCACAUCACUGUGGCUACGUGCCAUUAAGGAAUUUUGAGGCUAUGUUUUUAAAAAUUACAAAUCUUUUCUGCAAUGUUUUCUUCCCUGUGUUAUUGCUAAAUAUUAAUUGAAAAUGGUGAGUCUAUAUUAAGCCUUUCUUUUUGACUCUAAAACUUGCACUUACUAUUCUUUUUAGAUGGCUGUGGAACUUUCAGUUAUGAAAACAAACAAAAAAAUGUCUAGUAAAGCAAAUCACAUCACCAGUAGCCAGUUUUAACAGUGUUAAAGUAUUAUGGGUGGAUUUUUCCUUUUUAAUGUGGAUACAAUUGUGUAAUAACUCCAGAUGGAUUCUUCUUUCUUAAAACAUUUUAAUUUUCAUUUUUCAACGCAUCUUUUGUUAAUCAAAAACCAGCCCCUCAUUUCCUUUUUUGACUUUCAUCACUUGGUCUGCUGCAGUUACUGAUGGUAUAAAUACAUAUUGUAAAAUUCAGUGAAACUUUUUUCUUAUCUUGGAAAAUGGUGUAUGCCUGUUCCCAUGGAAUACUAUAAUAAAAACACCUGAAAUUC